AUGGCGAAUAAUUUUUUAGGAAACCUAGCAACUUUAUAAUCCCUGAAAAUUUUUAUAUUAAAUGAUAAAUAGAUAGAUUCAACAUAACUCAAACAUUUUAGUUCCAGCAAUUUUCUUACAACCAGAACAUAAGUGAAUUUUAUUUUUACACUAAUUUAAGCAGCAAGGCAACCAAAAUAAUGGGAAAAAUAAAAGAAAAACUAUGAUCGAUACCUAAAUUGUUCCCUUUCCUACCUAAUGUUUAAUUAUUGUGAAUCCAAUCUUGUCACAAAAAGAGCAUUUGAUAUUUACUGAAUUGCUGGCUCCUUCAGCAGUCACUAAGUUUGAAUUAAGAACUCCAG